GCAGCUAUGCCGCGCGCUGCAGAAAACGGGCUGGACGUGUCCGCUUGGAACAACGGCCGAUGUACUGGAGGACUCACCCGGGGACAGCGGGACCGGGAGGCUGCUGACAGGCGUUAACAGCGACUCUUUCCCCGGGGGGAUAACCUCCAGCUGAAACAGCGGCGACGAAUCAGCUCCUUCUCCCUUCUCCCCUCUCCUCUGCAAGCACCGAGAGACACCGAGGCUUCAGCAAUGUUGCCGCUAAACGUCUAGGAUUAAUUCCCGGUGUCCGUUUGUUUGUAUCGAUUGUAAAUACAACUGAGCAGAGACAGAAAGCGACCACAAGCGGGGUUCACUAUGGUUUUACUGGCGCUCCGCAGUAGGAGAUGUCUUACCAGCAGCUGUAUGGGGACGUUAUGUUUGCAGUUGUUGCUGUGGAUUUUAUGUGCCGUGAACGGAGAGGAGCAGCCGUUCAGUGUGGAGGCAUGGCUCCAGAGGUAUGGCUACCUCCCUCCUGCAGACCCCAGAAUGUCAGUGCUGCGUUCUACCCGAGUCAUGCAGUCCGCUAUCGCUGCCAUGCAGCGCCGCUACGGCCUCAAUGUCACAGGGACGCUGGACAGCAGCACUAUAGACAAUAACACAAUAAGGUGGAUGAAGAAGCCCAGAUGUGGGGUUCCUGACCAGGUAGGGGGUGCAUCCAAAUUCAGCGUCAGGAAACGGCGGUACGCUCUCACAGGACAGAAGUGGCAACACAAACAUAUCACAUACAGCAUAAAGAACGUGACACCCAAAGUGGGCGCGGAGGAGACCCACGACGCCAUCCGGCGAGCCUUCGACGUCUGGCAAAACGUGACGCCACUCCGCUUCGAGGCCGUGCCAUACAGCGAGAUGGAGCGGACCAAGAAAGAUGUGGACAUCACCAUCAUCUUCGCUUCCGGUUUCCACGGCGACAGCUCGCCCUUCGACGGCGAGGGCGGCUUCCUGGCCCACGCCUAUUUUCCAGGCCCGGGAAUAGGAGGCGACACGCACUUUGACUCAGAUGAGCCGUGGACGCUGGGGAACCCCAACCAUGACGGUAACGAUUUGUUCCUGGUCGCCGUCCACGAGCUUGGCCACGCGCUUGGACUCGAACACUCCAACGACCCCACGGCCAUCAUGGCUCCUUUCUACCAGUACAUGGACACUGACAACUUUAAACUGCCAAUGGACGACCUGCUGGGCAUCCAGAAGAUUUACGGGCCUCCUGAUAAGAUUCCCCAACCCACCAAGCCUUUGCCGACAGCGCCCCCUCCCCGUUCCCAUCCCCCUUCAGACCCCCGCAAGCCAGACAGGCAGACGCGACCUCCGAGGCUUCCUCCGGGGGACAGACCAUCUCAUCCCAACUCCAAACCCAACAUCUGUGAUGGAGGCUUCAACACGUUGGCCAUACUAAGGAGAGAGAUGUUUGUCUUUAAGGACCACUGGUUUUGGCGAGUGAGAGACAACUCUGUCAUGCCAGGGUACCCCAUGCUCAUCAGCGUUUUCUGGAGGGGUCUGCCACCCAAGAUAGAUGCCGUGUACGAGAACAGCGAUGGCAAGUUCGUCUUCUUCAAAGGGAAGCAGUUCUGGGUGUUUAAGGACACUGUGUUGCAGUCAGGAUACCCCAAGGACAUCACCCAAUUCGGACACGGCAUGCCGGCCCAGAGCAUUGAGACCGCUGUGUGGUGGGAGGAUGUGGCCAAGACCUACUUCUUUAAAGGCGACAGGUACUGGCGCUACAAUGAGGAAAUGAGAACUAUGGACCCCGGCUACCCCAAGCCUGUCACAGUGUGGAGAGGUGUGCCUGACUCGCCACAGGGAGCCUUCGUCGACAAAGCCAAUGGUUUCACCUACUUCUACAAGGGGAAGGAGUACUGGAAGUUCAACAACCAGUUCCUCCGCGUGGAACCGGGCUACCCGCGAUCCAUCCUCAAGGACUUCAUGGGCUGCGACCUGAAGCCCAUUGACCCCGCCCGUCCGCCGGCCGACGACGGCAACUCGGACGUGGUGAUCGAGCUAGACAACGAGGCGAACACGGUGAAGGCCAUCGCCAUCGUCAUCCCGUGCGUGCUCGCGCUGUGCCUGCUGGUGCUGAUCUACACCGUGGUGCAGUUCAAGAGGAAGGGUACGCCGCGCCACAUACUGUACUGCAAACGCUCCAUGCAGGAAUGGGUCUGAAACACAGGAGAGAGGGUGUGGAGAGGGUGGGAGAAGAGACUGGUGAAAACAGGAUGACAGCCCCCCCACAUAUAAGGAGGAGGAGGGGGUGAUGCAGUGGACAUCUUUAGUAAAAAAUUUAAAAAAAAAACACGUGGCCGCGCCUCCUCCUUUUUGGGCAGUCUGAUAUUCAUUCAGACCCGCAGAAACAGCUCGACAGUCCGUCGGCAGACCCUAAUACACAAGGCACGACACUGGGACUUUAAGUUGACUCUGUUAACCCCCCAGCCUUUUUCACUAACAAGGGGGGGAGCAGAGGGACAGAUUUUGGGGGCAUAUUUGCCUAAAAUGACCUUCAGUCCCAGUCAAAAGAAAAAAUCAGGAGGGUCAGCAUCUCUUUGUAUCUCAGAAACUUUACUUCCUCUCCCCUUUCCUCUCGUUUGUCUUUUCCCGACUUGCUCUUAAUCGGGGGAGGACUUACUUUCAGGGGGACAUGCACUCUUCCCAUAGGGCACUGCAUUUUCAUCUGUCAUAUCAGGUGUUGAUACAACAACAAUUUUAUAUUUUCUGAUCUUGGUGCCCCCUCCCCCGCUUCCCCACAUCCCCACCCCCCUACCCUUUCUCGCUUCACAUUGCGCUCAAAAGAAGAAAAAAAAAAAACAGUCUCAGAUAAACACAAGUUAAUCACAUUAACAAUCUUCUCUCCCUCUUCUGUGUUCUAUUUAUUUCUUUUUCUUUGAUUUUUUUUUUCUUCAAAUUUUAAUUAUUUUGAUAAAGGAGGUCCUCACAGUUCCCUUUAACACGCUCAUGAGGAAGAGACCAAACUAAACCAAAUAAAAUCAAUUUCUCUCCAAAGAGGAUCACUUUUUUUUUUCUUUUCUUUUUCUUGUAGCUGUUAUUUUUUCAUUUUGUCUUCAGUUCAUCUUUCCUUCCCUUCUCUGGAUCCUUUCAGCGAUUAAGAGUCGGGGAGCUCUGACUGUUGUGGCAGUCUGUUUGAGACACAGGGGCCAAAUUAUUCUGCAAUAUUUUAACUCGCCUUAAUUAUAGAUCAUACUACUUGUGCUUGGUUUCGCUGUACUUGGUGUUGUUGUUUUUUUUAAUAUUAUUUGUAUACCGCUUUUGUUGUUUGUAAAAGAUGCUUAUUGAAAGCUUCUUGUGAUUGGUAUUUCUGGAUUUUAUUACAUUACCUAGAAUUCUCAGCACUGGCUUGCUGAGCUAUUCUUGGACAGAAUAUACAGUAGGGUCAGCCUGUAUUGAGAGUAAUGUAUUGUACGUUGGAAGGUUCUGGAGUAAAGCCACUAAUUUUGUAUGUUAUGAUAUUUGUUACUGUCUAACUUACUUUUAUCAUUUCCCUACGACACAAAUCAGGCUGAUUAAGAGCUUGAGAGUCUUAUUAUUGGAUUGUUAUUUUCUUGGCCCAUAUUCCCCUUGAUGGUCACGUAUUAUUCUCCUUUUCAACAAUUAAUAUAGGCCUCUGACGUCCCCAAAACAUGAAGUUUUUUGCUGAAAACACCACUGAGAUGAUGCAUUCUAGCAUGCCUCUAUACCCCUCUGUUUCUGUCCUGCUCUCUGUGGGCUGUUUCUGUGUCUGUAGCUUUAAAUGCAAAUGAGCUGCUGCUUUCUGGCUGUGAUACAAUGUGAGAUUAUAUGACAACAAUAGGAGAGACCAAGGGCUGUUGAUACUAUUCAUAUUCAUGCUGCAGUAGUAGCAGAGCUGCAGUAGCACUAGUACUAUCAUUAAAGUAACACUGAGUAACUACUAUUGUUGUUAUUUAGCUGGCUCCAAAUGAGCCUUAAUGUUUACACAGUUUCUCUCGACUGUCCUUCGACAUUAGUCUAACAUCGCUAGCCGUAUUAGCUGCGCAACAAGCUAAUGCCAAGUUCAACAGACUGAUCUAAUAAAUAAUCAGUAAAACAGCAUAAAAGAUUCAUAGAGCAUAAAAAAUUGCAAGUUUUCUAAGUUUGAAGUUGGCUUACGGACAGCUGGUAUCGAUCCAUCACACACAGGAUAUAAAGAUGCUGUGUUGGUUCUUGCAGCAAACAACAUAUUUGUUGAACAAUUUGAUUCAGUAAGUUUCAGUGAGCAGAACUAUAACAGCCUGCUGGAGGGAAAUCUGUAUUCAACGGAUCCCUUUAUGACAUCAUAAAGGGAGCCAAAUGUAAACAGCGUGUUUGCACACACAUUUAAUGAAAGAUUGAGCAGGAGAGAAAGAGAGAGGAUGGUCUUUUCUAAUAGUUUGGGGGGUCUGUAGACACUAGAGGGACACAUUAAUGUUGAAAAGUGAGAAAAAAUGUGUGACCUUUAAUCUCAAGAAGAGUUAAAGGUUGCAUCUGAAACGGUCUCUCUCUGUGGUUUUUGUGAAUGGACAGACCAUUAAAAAAUAAUUCUGUUGACUGCCUUGUUUGAGAGAGCUCACAGUGCCCAGAAUGCUCUUGUCUCCUGACUGAGGACCCACAAAGUGAGACACCAAGUCAAGAUCAGUGCCUGUGUCAACAUGCAUGCAAGCAUUUACUGUACACCCAACCAGUUCUGCUCAACGUGGCUUUGGACCCCUCAACAGCUGAGGAGGAAGUUUUUCUCUUAAAAAUACUGUUUGCAUUUGUUUUUGUAUUAUUUAAAUUGUAUCCCAGCCCCCCCUGCCCCCCUCUCCCUCUCCUCCUCCCUCCCAACCUCCAGGUACAAUUAAAUCUUAAAGAAAAAUACCCUAAAAAGAUUUAAGUGGUACAUUUGGGAAAUUAACAGGAGAUCUCAUGAGUGAUUUGCUAAUCCAAUUGGCCUCAAAUGCACCAACAAACCAACCGUUAGCGAACAUUAAGCGCCCUCGCUUUUGUGGCGAGCAGUCUUUGAAUGUGUGUCUGUUUUCAUGAUCGCAUACUGUUUCUUUUUUCUUUCUUUCCUGUUUUUUUUUUCUGGUCAAAACAAAUUGGACAUCUCACAAUGACUUCUUUGUGUAAGACUUUGGGACAACAGAGGAACGUGUCCUGACAGAAUGAAUAAAUUGAUCAAUAUAUGAUUAAGAGCUGCCUUCAAACUCUCUGCUCAUCUUUUGUACUGUAUGUCAAGUGUGUAUGUGCGACACAGAUCCACGCUUUUUUGUGCAUGCGGUCAGGCCCCCCCCCAUAUCCAAUUUUGCUGAGCGCGUGGCUGCGAAGUAGUUUGUUGUCUCUAACUUUUAGAUGAUGUGCACCCUGCUGCUGUGUCAUGUUGGAAAAUGAAGCUGCAACUUGAAAUCGGGCAUGUCACUAGCCGUUAACGUUAUUACAAAUUAUUCUGAGCUGAACUGACAGGAUGCUAGCACGGGUUUUAAAAAAAAAUUACCAUGUGCAGCUUUAAUUAAAGGUUAGAUUUGUAUUCAGAAACGUAAAAAAUGGCUGGAAACAGUGUACCCUGCCAACUUCAGUCGGAAAAAACAGUGCAGACAGAGAGCUGACAUAAAUAAGGAUAUCGGCUCAAACAGCAUUGAACUCUCUAACUCAGCCUGCAGCAGUAAAUAAAAAAUGAUUAAAAAUUAAAAAAAUGAUGCAGAGAAAACUGUACAUGUGUUGAUCUGGGACCAAGAGCCCUGCAGUCUGCUGUUAUUGUGUGCUGCCAUAUUUUUGGGUGGCAUGAUAAAAAUCAGCGCUUCAGAUGUACAAUCCCUGUGGUGCCGCGCUGGUAUUUAUUGCAGAUCGAAUGAGAAACAGGAGCCGUCUGCGGCCCGCUGGUGUUUAUUCUAGCUUUGCUGGGACACAUUCGACAUAGUUACUGACAACAAAGAGGGCGAGGGCGUGCCAGUUUACUGACUGUGGUCACUGUGUGUGUGUUUGUGUGUGUGUGUGUGUGAUGAAAUUACACUCUUAGGGAUAACACUUCAUUGGCUCUCAUUGCAGGACUGUUCAGUGGUGAAAUUGCCUCUCUGCUUUUAGACAAAGGCAUUAUAUGCUCAGCUGUGUUUAGAUUGGUGCUUUUUCUUGAGGCUCUUACUCAUUGUCUGUUCUCCCUCCAUCCCUGUAAGUACAGACUUUGAGUGCCUAUCUGUGUUCUCCCUUAUGUUUCCUACAGAUGUACUGUAUGUACCAGUCCUCUAGCAGUGAUACAAGCAGUGAGUUGAGUGCAGUGUGGGUGUUAAAGAAGUUAUAAGUCGGUGCACAAACCCCAUGUUGCUUUGCCUGCCGGGUGUGUGUGUGUGUGUGAAUGUGUGUGUGUGUGUCGUUCUCUGUCUGGCUUAUAAUAAGUGAAUAUCUUUCUGCAUCUUGAUCAUGUGCAUGCUUGCUGGAAUGUGUGUGUGUGUGUGUGUGUGUGUGUGUGUGUGUGUGUGUGUGUGUGUGUGUGUGUGUGUGUGUGUGUGUGUGUGUGUGUGUGUGUGUGUGUGUGUGUGUGUGUGUGUGUGUGUGUGUGUGUGUGUCAACCUCACUACUGGAGCCUGGACUAACCCUGUGGGCCCAGCAGUCUCUGAGACUGCCAUGCUAAAACAUUUGGUGCUAAACUGACCUACUCUGACCAGGGCUGUUAUUUUACGGUGCUAUUUUUUGCCAGCCCUCCUCCUCCACCUCCUGCUGUCAUUGGCUCAAAACUUGAGUGAUUACAAGGGGAGCCGAAGUAAUACAUUUUCAUUUAACCCAAGUCCUUACGGUGCACUGCUUAUAAUGGCCCCUCUUAGGUUACGGACCAUUUAUCCUGGUGGUGGUUAUUAGUGCAGCACAGUGAUGUAGCUGAGAGGGGCUUGUUGAAGGUCAGCGGGGGUCAAGCUGUCGCCUUGGCCCGGAUGAAAAAGGUGAAAACGUAUAGCUCAGACACACUAGAGAGAUGAAUGCUUGUUU